AUGCUACUCAAAGGUCUCCGUAAAGCUGAACCACACCAUACGCCUAAAUGUCUGCCCCUCACCUCGGACAUCCUUACCGCUUUCUUCAGCUUCCUGCGCUGCUCAGAGGUCACUGCUUCGAACUCCUAUCACCAUCCAUCACGACAUGCCACCAUGUUCGACCUCUCCAUCCACCCUCCAGACACCAUCAUCUACCACCUCAAACGCAGCAAGACCAACCAAUGUCCAUUGGUCAUCAUGAACCUGACCUCCAACUCUGAUUCUAUCCACUUCCUCACCAACAGUUCUCCUGGUAUGAAAGACCAGCCUGAUACCACCAUCAUAGAUGAGCAUGCUGUCUUCGGUGGCUCUUACCAGGAGUUGGCCAUAAUAUCUGACAGUGUUGGUGGGUGGAAGCAGUAUAAUGUCAGUCAUAUCUCAAGGCAAGGAGGAAAUGUCACUGAAUCAUCAGUUAACAGGACAUUAAUGCUGCCAGCAGAGGAUUUUGACCCAUUAGGAGGACAUACUAUCUUGCAGGUCAUCAUAAUUGUCUUCCUCACUGGAUCCCUUUCUCUUGUCACUGUUGUUGGGAACAUCCUAGUGUUGGUGUCAUUCAAGAUCAAUAAGGCACUGAAGACAGUGAACAACUACUACCUGCUUAGCCUAGCAUUUGCUGACCUUACCAUUGGCACACUGUCAAUGAACCUGUAUACCACCUACAUCAUCAUGGACCAGUGGGCUCUGGGACCAGUGGUCUGUGACUUAUGGCUUGCAAUAGACUAUGUGGCCAGUAACGCCUCGGUCAUGAACCUGCUUGUUAUCAGCUUUGACAGGUAUUUCUCUGUUACCAGACCUUUGACAUACCGGGCCAAGCGUACAACCAAGCGAGCUAUGACCAUGAUUGGAUUAGCCUGGUCAAUCUCUUUCAUUCUGUGGGCCCCAGCCAUUCUGUUCUGGCAGUACAUUGUUGGUGAACGGACAGUCCAGCCCAAUGAGUGCUACAUCCAGUUCCUGUCCGAGCCCAUCAUUACAUUCUCCACUGCUGUCGCUGCAUUCUACUUGCCUGUAACUAUUAUGUCAUUCCUGUUUUGGAAGAUCUAUCAGGAGACAGAGAAACGUGCUAAAGAUAUACAAGGUCUCAAGGGAUUUGGGUCAGGCAACAGCCAAAGCCAAGCUCAGAAUCAAGGGAGUGGUAAAGGAAGAGCUGGUGGAGAAGGUGCAACUAACAGCCCAAAGGAUUCAUCAGCCAUAAGCUCUCAAAGUUGCAGCAGCUAUGAACUAAAUCAGCUUGCGUCAGAGAAGAACAACAAGGACAAUGCCAGCAUACCAGGAAGAACGGGAAGCAAGGCGAGGUGUUGCGCAUUCUGCAUUCAGUUUCCAUCAUUGCUGCCAGGUCACCAUGCAUCCAAGAAGUCCGUCAACACCACAACAACUACAGUUGGUGAAGCAGAGCAGAGCAGCUGUGACAGCUUUAACAACAAUGAAGUCGGGGACCAGUCAGGUUCAGAGGACGAAGGUGACAGUGCAGACCCAUCAAGGCCUCCAUCAGAUGGCAAGAAAUCUAGAAAGGUGAAAAACAGCAAAGACAAACAAUCCAACAAAAGUCUAAAAGGGUCACAAUCAAACCCUGUCACCUCAUCACCCACUGACCAAUUGCCAGCAGCCAUCACCAUUAAAGAUGCAGCUAUGGCAAAACGCUUUGCCUCUAAGGCCAAGACAGAGAUCAACAAGCGCAAGAAUGAAAAAAAGGCAAAUGAGAAGAAAGCAGCACGGACACUCAGUGCUAUCCUCUUCGUCUUCAUCACAACAUGGUUACCAUACAAUAUCAUGGUGUUGGUCAACACCUUCUGUCAGGACUGUAUUCCAGAAACUCUUUGGGCACUGGGCUACUGGUUGUGUUAUGUUAACAGCACAAUCAACCCCAUGUGCUAUGCCCUUUGCAACAAGACCUUCCGAACAACUUUCAGGGAUAUUUUGAUGUGCCAGUGGAAUCAAAAGAAAAACAAGCCUAAUUUUCAUCAGAGGAACGCUGUGGCUUUCAAGAAAAAAGACCCAAUGUAG